UGUUUGUGUCCCCGUUUAGUUCCUUGUUGUCAUGUGUACUGGAAGGUGAUCUUGAGGAGUCGCGCCUUAAGAAAGAGGAAAAACUUCAGCGGUAAAAGUAUAUAGGCCAUUCAGUGGCAGGACUGGUGAAGGCUCGAUCCUCCGUCCGCUACUCGAGCGACACAGUAACUAUACUCACUGGUUACUAGCCAAUAGUUAGUGACAUUCUUCUGAUUGUGUACAUGGGAGUGCAUGGGAAGACUCUUAGCCGAAGACACAGUCUGUCUGCUGAUAACUGUUUACAUCUGUCUAGAUUAAGAUCUAUCGUGCAUUAUCUAGGUGUACGAGUCAAGGAUACAAAAGCAGAAAGCACUAUUGUGUACGACUUCUUGUGCUGUACCUCCAGCCACCAUGGAUAGCAUCGUUCACCCUGUGGAGCAGCACAUCUACUCCUGGAUGAUCGCCAACACAUCCAGGCAGGCCAACGAUACCCUCGACCUCACACUUCUAACUUCAGAGGACCUACAACAGAUGUGGCUGCAGAGACUUGAUUUACCUCUCCAACAUGUAUCUCUGGGGUUCAUUGCUCUCCUCGCAUUGGAGAAUGGAGUGAGAAGCUCAGGAAAGCUUCUCCGCUCCAUGAAGCUUCUCCCUAAGAAGUGUAACUUUAAUAUUUAUAAUGUUGUUUGUGGCAUCCUAAAAACAACAUUGGCACUCGGCCUCCUGCUGUUGCUCGUGCCUGUGGUACUCCCCUUCGUCUGUAUCUUCUGGCUGGCCUCCUGCUUCGUCAGCCUCGUCUACAGAGUCAACUUUGGGUCAAGUGUCACGAAGGCAUCAGGUAUGGACAGCGUGUGGGGCACCGAAUACCCAGACAGUCGACCGUUCAUCACAGUCACCCUUUUACUGUCUGGCGCUCCCGACCUAGCCAAGAUAACACAACACAUUCAGACAAAAAUCCUGGACGUGAAAGACUCAAAUGGUGACCAUAAACACAAGAAAUUCCGCCAGAUGUUUGCUCAGAUUUACGGCUACUACGCCUGGAGAAACGUCAACGAUUUCAACGUAGAAAACCACAUACGGGUUGUCAAUCUUCGCAGUCUCUAUUCAGGUGACUCGCGGGGGACCUACACCCUCGGGGACAUCCCUGACAUCAGAGAGAAUGAAUUUUCUCCCACUGUAGCGAGAAGCAGCGUAGAUGAUGAGUUGAUACAUCGUUACAUUAGUGAAGAGGGGACAUCACCUCUCUCGCCUGAUCGUCCACCUUGGGAAAUCAUCCUGCUACUCAGGGGAGACAGAAGGUACACUGUGCUGGUUCGGCUGCAUCAUGCUAUUGGAGAUGGAGUGUCUUUGAUGAGGCUGUGGAUGGAGGUAAUGGUUGAGCCCUUGCUGUCUCUCCCUCCUGUGGGAAGCCACUCCACCAGCCCCCUCGUCAGAGGAACAAUGAUGUUGUGGUCAGCCAUGGUGCUGCCUCUGGGACUACUACAGCUGGUGGCUAAUUUUGACAACAAUGUUCUUCACGGUCCUCCUCUUUCUGGUACUAAGGUAAUGACUGCCUCCGCUGGUCUGCCACUGGCAGUGCUGAAGCAGGUGAAGGUGGCAGCCUGUGCCACUGUCAAUGAUGUCCUCAUGUCCUGCCUUGCUGCUGCCCUCACCAAGCAUUUUACCCGCAGGUUGCAGGAGGUGCCACAAGUAACAGUCGCGGUACCUGUAAGCUUUCAUGAUUUCAAGGAAGCUCCAGCUCUCAUCAACCGGUUCUCGGUUGCCACCAUCAAGCUUCCUACACUUCACACCUUUACACCCACUGCCAGGCUGGCAGCCACUAAGAGGGUGUUGGACGAGAUGAAGCGAGACCCAGCACUGGGAUCUGUGAUGUGGCUGGUGAGGAUGGUGAGCGGUGUGCUUCCAGCAUCCCUGGCUCAGCGUAUCAUCUCUGGUGCUGGAGUCACUGCUGCUGCUAGCAACGUGCCAGGUCCCCAACAGGAGAUAUCUAUCUGGGGACACAAGGUGGAGGAUAUGCUCUUCUGGGUGCCCAACCGAGCUCCUGUAGGAGUCAGCGUGUCCUUCGCCAGUUACAUGGGAGAGGUUAAAGUGGGACUCAAUGUAGAUGUCGCCCUGAUCCAUUCACGUCAGGAGGCCCAGAUGCUGCUGAGAGACAUGGAGGACGAACUCCAGCUCCUGUACCGACAACUGGUGGUGGCCAGGAAGUGAAACUCUCCCCAAACACACUUGCUUUUACCAUAUGUAAAACCUCGCCCUUCCAGCUCCUUUUCUUGUCCUCCCAAUACCUUUUUUUUUUUUUUUUGCCCCCCAUGAGAUGCUUGAUCCCAGCUUCCAGCAGCCAAACUUCGCGUGAAGUUCGGCUCUGUUUGGUAUUUGAUAACGAUGAGUCUAGUGAUUAGUGGCCCAGUCUUACGAAAGUGUUAUCCAGGCAGCUGAAUACAUUGUUGAUAAAUGGUUCAGAGAACCACAUGAGUCAGACACUUAUGCAACGCUUGGGUAUCUUUACUGUAGACUUCAGUCCGGUCCAGAGAAAGAUGGAAGAUGAGGGGGAGUUUGGGUUAUCAGUCCCUCUGGAAUGGAGUCGGAUGUUUGAUCCAUCAGUCUCGCAAUACAUACCAUCCCUGGAUAGUUAGGAUUAAAGUAGACAUAAUCUUAAAAGAGCUAUUGACAGCAUAAGGCAAAAGACGGGAUAAGAUAUUUAUAAUCCACCUUACCUGCUGUUGAUGUCACAUAGCAAAUGUUUGAGCUGUGACAUGGUAUGCUUCUUAUCUCUGGAAAAAAAGAUACUUAUGAAAGAGAAUGGAUUUUUUUGCGAAACUUAUACCCUCCAGGUAUAAGUUUUCUUUGUUGGCUCUACCUCCUUUCUCCUCUUAAUGGCCGGGUUGUGCGCUUUUCAGCGCCAUCUGUUUACCAAUGUUCGUAGUUUUGAUGUUCAUCCUGAGCCUUUUCCUUCUCUUGGUUUCAAUUUUGAAUUCAUUGGUGAUCUGGGCGAGCGAGGUUCAACACAUCACCUAUAAAGGUUCUCCUGAUGUUUGAGUAUCCUGACCUGUUGACGGAGGAUAUAUACACAUGGGAAAGGAGGUGCGUAUCUGUGAAUAUACACAGAUUAUUUUAUUCCCUAUUUUAGUAAUUAAAAAUGUUCUUGACUGGUGUAUAAGUGACUUGCAGUCUUAAUGACCCUCGUGUAGGAGUGUGUUAAGACCCAUUGAAAUAGCACUCUCAUAACCACGAGUUUCUUGCCCUGUGUAAUCUUGCUUGUUUGUUUCUAUAUUGUUUACCUGGAGAGAGUUCCGGGGGUCAACGCCCCCGCGGCCCGGUCUGUGACCAGGCCUCCUGGUGGAUCAGAGCCUGAUCAACCAGGCUGUUACUGUUGGCUGCACGCAAACCAACGUACGAGCCACAGCCCGGCUGAUCAGGAACCGACUUUAGGUGCUUGUCCAGUGCCAGCUUGAAGACUGCCAGGGGUCUGUUGGUAAUCCCCCUUAUGUAUGCUGUGAGGCAGUUGAACAGUCUCGGGCCCCUGACACUUUAUGGUCUCUUAACGUGCUAGUGACACCCCUGCUUUUCAUUGGGGGGAUGUUGCAUCGUCUGCCAAGUCUUUUGCUUUCGUAGUGAGUGAUUUUCGUGUGCAAGUUCGGUACUUGUCCCUCUAGGAUUUUCCAGGUGUAUAUAAUCGUGUAUCUCUCCCGCCUGCGUUCCAGGGAAUACAGGUUUAGGAACCUCAAGCGCUCCCAGUAAUUGAGGUGUUUUAUCUCCGUUAUGCGCGCCGUGAAGGUUCUCUGUACAUUUUCUAGGUCAGCAAUUUCACCUGCCUUGAAAGAUGCUGUUAGUGUGCAGCAAUAUUCCAGCCUAGAUAGAACAAGUGACCUGAAGAGUGUCAUCAUGGGCUUCGCCUCCCUAGUUUUGAAGGUUCUCAUUAUCCAUCCUGUCAUUUUUCUAGCAGAUGCGAUUGAUACAAUGUUAUGGUCCUUGAAGGUGAGAUCCUCCGACAUGAUCACUCCCAGGUCUUUGACGUUGGUGUUUCGCUCUAUUUUGUGGCCAGAAUUUGUUUUGUACUCUGAUGAAGAUUUAAUUUCCUCGUGUUUACCAUAUAUGAGUAAUUGAAAUUUCUCAUCGUUGAACUUCAUAUUGUUUUCUGCAGCCCACUGAAAGAUUUGGUUGAUGUCCGCCUGGAGCCUUGCAGUGUCUGCAAUGGAAGACACUGUCAUGCAGAUUCGGGUGUCAUCUGCAAAGGAAGACACGGUGCUGUGGCUGACAUCCUUGUCUAUGUCGGAUAUGAGGAUGAGGAACAAGAUGUUGUAUGUUAUUGCGUAUAGUGUUGCUAGCAUUGACUUUUGGGUGUUGAGAAACUGCGUUUUACACACUCCUUGUGGCUCCUUAAUGGGGCAAAUAGUUAUGUUCCUCUGGUAACGUUAUGUUUGCCUGUCUUAAACUCUGUCAGUGUUGUGGUCCUGUGUGUAGGAGUUAAUUGGAUUCAAGAAGGCAGUGACAGUGGCUUCGCCAAGGGGAGGGGGAAUUGCUUCGGGGGCUUAAGCCCCCUAGUCCCAAAGCCCCCUAAAUAAUAAAAAUGCUGUUUCAAGUGUCAUAGCCCCUCCCUUCCAACCAAAUAGCUACCCUUAAGCCCCCCUAAAAAAAUUGGGACAGCGCCCCUGCAGUGACUUACGCAGUUUAGGUUCACUAGUCUGGUGGCUGUCAUCUCGGCCUCCUCAACAUUAGAACACCUAGUUGAUGUCCGGAGUAAAAUUAGUGUAUGAGCUUAGAGGAGGGGAGGCAGUGGGCAAAAUGGAACUGAACCAGCUGGGAUGGUGAGUUCAAGGUGAAUGUGCAAUAUAUAUACUGAAAGAAGGAAGGUACCGACAAAUUAGUGAAGAGCAUGCAUAUCUCUCCUGUAUAAAGGUAAAAGAAAUAAACGAAAGUAUAAGAAUUAUACGGCAAUAAGCCUGUUGAGUAUACCAGGUAAAGUGUAGUUAUUGAAAUAACUGUGGGUGACAGUAGGAUUGCAGAGGAACAAGAUUUUAGGAUGGGUAGAGGAUGUGAAGACCAGGUGUUUAUACUGAAACACACAAGUCAACAAUACUUAAAGAUAGGGGGCAUUUUCAUUUGUGAAUUUAUAAGUCGUAUGAUAAGGUAGACAGAGAAGCAAUGUGGCAGAUGCUUGUAAUAAGUUGUAGUUUACUUAAAGCAGUAAGGAGUUUUCAUGUAGGUUGAGAGACGCAGGUUACAUAAUGUAGGAGGGAGAUUAUUUCCCAGUAAAAGUAAGCCUUGGACAGGGAUAUGUGAUGUCACCAUGGUUUAACAUAUUUAUAGAUGUAAGAGAAUGGUGUUGGGGAGAGAUGCGAGACUACAAUAUAAAGAAUCUAAUACACAGUGGAAAUUGUCAGUUGCUUUAUGCUGAUGACACUGUGCUUUUGGGAGAUUCUGAAGAGAAAUUGUAAAAGUUGGUGAAAGGAGAAAAAGUGAACGUUGAAAAGAGCAAGGUGAUGAGAAUAUAAAAAAUCUAGGCAAUGAAUAAUUGGAGACUGGAGAAAAUAAAUGCUUUCAGAUAUAUGGAAGUGGCGUUGUUGUGGAUGCGUCUAUGAAGGAUGAAGUAAACUAUAGAACAGAACAGGGAAAAGUGGGUGAUACACUGGGGCAUCUGUGGAGACAACUUUAUCUAUGGAGAAAGUACCAGUGUAGUAGUAACACUGGUAUAUGGGUGUGAAGCAUGAGUUGUGAAUGUUGUAGCAAGGAAGAGGCUGGAGGUGAUGGAGAUGUCUGAGGGCAAUGUUUGGUGUGAAUAUUAUGCAGAGAAUUAGGAGAAUUUACAUUAGACAAGGGUGUGGGGCUACCAAAAAGUUGAUUCCAUGUAGUCCAGCCCAAGCUGGGUAGUAAUGACAUCCAGAGGUACUUGUAGUCCAGCCCAAACUGGGUAGUAGUGACCUCGAAGGUUCUGCUGGUUUUGGUACAUACUCCGUAGACAUAUGCCUGUCCUCGCAUUACAAAAUGGUUGAAAAGCUAUCAGACUGUCAAUCCCUUUCAGUCUUUAGUCAACUAAGUUUAAAUGAAGAUUUCUCCGAAUUAUCCUUAAAUUACUAGUCCUGCAGAAAGGUGUCUUCUCCCUCUGUGGAAGCAUUUUCACUUGCCGGUUCAUUUGUUUUACCAUCUGAAGCACUCUAAAGGGGAGGUUCCUUGAUGCCGGUGAGAGGGCUCUUGAUCUAAGGAAUCUCUCCUGUUCAGUUCACUGAAUGAAGUCUGAUUUCCUUUCAUUCCCAUCCUCGAAGGCACUGCGUUACCCCUGCGGUUUUAGCAUCGCCUUGAAAGUCAUUUCCAGUGUGAAUCCACAAGAGUUCAUUACCUUUGUACCUUGUUCAGCUAUCAAAACUUCGGGGUCCAGUCCCUGGACCCAUUAUGUACCUCUGUAAUCCUUUGACUACCGCCCACAGGAUGGGUGCGAGGUGCAUUAUUAUAUUAUAAUCAUGGGGGAGCGUUAAACAGGUAUGGGGUGCAUAAUAUAUUUAACAAGAGGUGUAGAGAGACUCCAUUGUGCGUGAGUCUUGUGUUAGAACACUUCCCUCUUUGGUUAAUGCGUAAUGUUAUGAUUUAUAUAUUGCAGAAGGUUAGGUUAGGUCAGGAAACAGGUCAUCAUCUGACGAAAGUCAGAUGAUGACCCGCCUUUGGAGCAUUUGGUCAUCUGACAGAGGCCUUCCGCUGGCUUACCCCUCCACCCCUUUAAAAAUUAUGGUCACGUAGAACCAUUUUUGUAGUUGUAUAUAUUUCAGAAGAGGAGCUGUAGGGAUCUGUGUGUUACUGAGAUAGAAAACGAUGGAAUUAGGCGAAUGUUGGUGCGAGUCAUGAAGCCAUGACCAGAGGGGGGGAAGCCUUGGGACGAUGGUAAUGGUGGGAGUUGUGGGUUAUUUGUUCUCCUGGCAACCCCAACCCCCCUCUCCUCCCACUGUGACCUUCACCACCCACCCACCCACGGAUGCUUCUGCCGCCCAGUCUUGCAUUGUAGUGUGUAGCAUCCUCAUACGGGUGUUUCUGCCCCCCAAUUUUACUCGACAGUGUCACUGCCACCCAUGGGCGUCCUCCUGCCGCCCAUGGAAGCCCCCAUGCCGCCCAUCCUCACUGAACGGACGCUGCUGCCGCCCAGAGUCAUAGUAAACUGACGCCAGUCAGUCUUAUCAUACAGGAAGAGCCGCAUAUCUAUGCCUGGCCAUUGGGUUACUAGAUGCCACAUACACCUGUACUUAUAAUGGAUCUUCCAGCCUGGCCAAUGGGUUACUAGAUGCCAUACACCUGUACUGAUAAUGGAUCUUCCAGCCUGGCCAGUGGGUUACUAGAUGCCACAUACACCUGUACUGAUAAUGGAUCUUCCAGCCUGGCCAAUGGGUUACUAGAUGCCACAUAAACCUGUACUGAUAAUGGAUCUUCCAGCCUGGCCAGUGGGUUACUAGAUGCCACAUAAACCUGUACUGAUAAUGGAUCUUCCAGCCUGGCCAAUGGGUUACUAGAUGCCACAUAAACCUGUACUGAUAAUGGAUCUUCCAGCCUGGCACUGGGUUAGCAGAUGCCACAUACACCUGAGAUUUUUGGAUGUGCUCAUUGUUUAAAGGCAGAUAAUGUGUGAAAGUGCUAAACCCACAAGGGUCAUACAGCGCCUUGGAAAUGCGAGUCUGUCAUCACAAACUCCCUUGAUCGCAAUAGUAUUUAGAAACAGUCCAGUGUAGAGUGGAUCAGUGAAUAAUAAAUAAAUGAUAACUAUUUCCACAUGAUACAGAUUUACAAAAUUGGAUGAUAAUAGUAUGCAUGGAAAACCCAUUAGUUGUGCAGAGAAUUUUGGUCCAGCUAAAAACUAACAUAAGUUCAAUAGAAUGUGAAACAUAUACAUGUGUAUACAAAAACAUUAAAUAUAUACACACAGAUUAAAAGUAAUUCUAGGAAUACUGUAUAGCAAAUAUAUGUAAAGUAGAAUCAAAAUGUAGCAUGGUGCACUACAAUGGUGAAA